UACUAUACUAUACUAUACUAUACUAUACUAUACUAUACUAUACUAUACUAUACAAUAUACUAUCUUAAUAUUAUAGAACCACUAUAGCCACUAUAUACAGUAUAUAUAACUACUAAAUCAUAUAAACUUUAACAAUCAGUCACUAUUCUCCUUACUAUAUUUUUCUCACUAUUACAGUUGCAAAUGCAUUGGCUUUUCACAGCAGAACGCGUACUAAUUUAUAUUCCUAAAACGGACACACUCGCACCAGCGAAAAAUGGCCCUUGCCAACUCGAAGUAAUAAAUUUUUAAUAUCUCCUACCCCAAUUGACUAACACCAGUUCUUAUAAUAACCAAAGUUUGUUUAAUAUGACUACAACGGAACCAAGGGUGUAUAGGGCGACCUAUUCUAGUACCGAGGUAUAUGAGUGUACUAUGAAUGACUCCCCAAUCAUGAGGAGAUGUAAAGAUGAUUGGGUAAAUGCCACACAAAUCUUAAAAUGUUGUAACUUCCCUAAAGCCAAAAGAACUAAGAUCUUAGAAAAGGGCGUACAACAAGGAUCUCAUGAAAAAGUUCAAGGAGGUUUCGGAAGAUUCCAAGGUACUUGGAUUCCCUUAGAAGAUGCUCAAAAACUUGCUCGGAAUUAUGGAGUAACUAAAGAAGCAGCUCCAGUAUUAUUCCUUGAUUUUUCAGAUCCAAAUUUACAUAUUCCCGAAAAGGCAAAACCAUUACCUAAAGAACCAACUCUGAUUAAAAGAAAGUAUACUAAAAGACCAAAAUUACCUGAAGAAGAUCAAUCUCCUAAGAAAUAUAAAACAGGAAAGAAAGCAGCAGCUCAAGGAGCAGCACCACCACCACCCACAGUUGUAAAUACUGGUAUCCCAUCUCAUAAUGCAAUUGGUUAUGGUCAUGAUCAACUUUCACUUUCUCGAUCCAAUUCUUAUAUUCCUACAUCCCAACCUUCAUCUCAAGUUGCUAAUGGAAUUCAAUUGCCUCCUACUUUUUCUUCUCAGCAACAAUCCCUUCCUAUAAAUGGAUCUGCUGCACCUGCUUACCAUACCUUCAAUCAACCUGCGUAUCAAAGUUAUCAAUUGCAAAUGCAGCGUAUUCAACAACAACAGCAAUAUCAAAUCCAGCAGCAACAGCAGCAGCAGCAACAACAACAACAGCAGCAGCAACAACAACAAAAAUUCUACCAGGCAGGUGUACAUCAACAGAUGGUACGCACAUUUCAACAAUCGAAAUCAUUAUCACAAUCAACGAGUGAUACAAAUUGGUCACAGGAUGACAAUUUGGCAGUUCAUUCAAAAGAUAGUGAUACAUCUUAUACUUCUAAUGAAGAUACUACUAAAAAUAAUGAUAUAACACAAAGUCCUAGAUCAAUAGGAGGAGGAGGAGGAGAUAAUGAUGAUUCAUAUGCUGCAUCAUUAUUAAGAUUCUUCAGUGAAGAUAAUAGUGAAAUACCAUAUUUUCUUCAUAAUCCUCCUAUUGAUUUUAAUAUUAAUGAACCAAUUGAUGAUGAAGGUCAUACACCAUUACAUUGGGCCGCAUCUAUUGGGAAUUAUCAAAUGAUUCACCUUUUACUUUCUAAAGGGGCCAGUCCACUUGUAGUUAAUAAUUUCGGAUUAAAUCCCUUAUCUAAAUUAAUUUCAUUUAAUAAUUGUUAUGAAUUAAAGAAUUUUCCAAAAGUUUUAGAUGAUCUUGAUUUAUGUUUAAUUAAUACUGAUAUAAAUGGUCGAACUCCAUUACAUUAUUUAUGUCAAUUUGUUAAAGUUAAAUCUAAAUAUGAUAGUUUAAGAUAUUAUUUAAAUAUAAUAUUAAAUAAAUUAUCGGAUUUAUCUAAUCAAAGUAUUAAUAAACAAGUAAAUUUAUUAAGAAAUGUAUUAGAUCAUCAAGAUGUUAAUGGAGAUACAUGUUGUCAUUUAUCUGCCAAAUCCGGUAAUUCUAAAAUUUUAAAGACUUUAUUACAAUAUGGGGCAAGAGAUGAUCUUGAAAAUAUUAAUAAAGAAACCACUAGAUCUUUAAUUAUUCAACAUGAUUUAAUUCCUAAUUAUGUAACUUUAUCAAAUUCUCUUAAUUAUGAUUAUUCUAAUUCCCAGAUUCAAUCAUCAGUUAAUGAUUCAAUAUCAGAUAAUCAACAACAAUAUAUGGUUCUUGCUACUCCAGUUCAACCACUGAAUGCUACAAAUGAAACUCCCGAUACUCAACGUACAACCAUUCAAGAAAUGGAAGAAGAAGAUGAUGAUGUACAUACUGAUAGAGUUGAUAAAAGUCAUAUUGAAGCCUUAAUUAAACGAGAAGAUAAUAAAGAAAAUAUCUUUGUAGAUUCAAGUUUUCAUAAAAAUAUGUCAAUGUCAAUGUCAACUCCUCGAACUUUUGGAUCUUCACCACAUUUACAUCAACCAUUAGCUGUUAUUUCAGAAAGAACAGUUGAAAGUACUCCUAUAAAUGAAUCUAAGAAAAAUAAUAAUAAUAUAAUUAAUCAAGUUCAUCAUUCUCAUCAACCUCAUCCACCCAAAUUAAAUGAUGAAGGGAUAAUAAUAAUUAAUAAAAAAGAUGCAGAAUUUGAAGAUAAUGAUCCUUCAUUACUGAUGAAUGAUUUAUCAACUAUGGUAUCAGGAAUGAUUAAUGCCCUUUCUACAUGUUAUAAUUCAGAAAUGAAAAAAUUAGAUGAAGAAAAAGAUGAAUUAGAAAUUCGAUUAAAUGAAAUAAAACAUAAUAAUGAUAAUACAAUAAAUAUAAUUAUUAAAAUGUUAUCUAAAGCAGGAUUAGAAAAUUUUACAAUAGAAGAAGGUGAAAAACUUUUAGUUGAAGAAAUUGUCAAAUCGAAUUUAAAAAUUGAUAAACAACAAGAAGUUUUAAUUAAACGAUUAGAAAAGGAUCAAGCAUAUAAUUUAGCUACAUUAGUAGAAGAACAAGAAGUCAAAUUUAUGGAUAAGGAAGGGAAUAAGGACAAUAUUAAUAAUACUGAUUCAGAUGCCGAUGCUGAUGCUGAUUUAAUAAAUCAAGAUAAAAUAGAUUAUGCCAUUGAAUUAAGUCUUUUACAACUUGAAAGAAUAAAAUUAAUUCAAAAAGUCGCCACUACUGUAACUAAUUAUGGUAUUGAUGAUAAGAUGUACAAAUAUAGAAAAUUAAUUAGUCUUAGUUGUGGAUUACGAGUAGAAGAUAUCGAUGGAUUAAUUGAUGGUAUAGAAGAGUCCUUAAUUGAGAAUAUCAAUUAAUGUCUGUCUAUAUGUCUGUCUAUAUAUCUUUAUGUCUCUAUAUAGUCUUACGACAUUUGCAUUAGUAUGUUAAAUAUACAGUAACAUUUUUUUUUUUUCUUUCGCGAUAAAAUCUCUAUCA